UGCAUAUGUAGGCCUAAUGCUCGCCUGAGUUUAAACUGCAGAGCGGGUGCUUGUGGCUCCGAGCCUGAAAUGACGAUUCUUACCGGAGAUUCCCGAGGACCGCCGACCUUAAAUUCUCCACGUACACGACAUUUACCGAAACUCUUCAGCUACUCCCGAUCUGGCCCCUAUUGAAGUCUGUUGUUGUCGGGUAGGGGGUGAUGAGGUGGACGAAAUUAGCGAAAUAAAAAACAAAAAAGCAGGUUUCCACUCCUGAGCCCCUCCCAGUUGUGUGAUUGUCGGAUUCGAGGAUUGACGAAGACCGACGACUCAAGAUGAAAGUAAUCAGCGCUGCAGUGCUUAGCGCCCUGCUCUGCACCGUCGUUACAGCAUCUUUGAAAGUUAAAAAGGAAGACAAAACAGCCUUCUUUGGAGAGGACAUUCACAUCGACGUCCCGCCUGGGAUACUUGGUGAGGUUGUGUUCAAACCCAGGACCAACCGGUCGGCCGAGGUGGUUCUGCUGCGAGCAGGCGUGGUGGUGACCCCGCGGGGCCAUCUCAACUCUCUGGGACACCUGGUGCUGGAGGACAUGCAGGAGGAGGACGAGGGGGAGUACAUCAUUAGGAACACCGACCACCCCAACGCAGUCAAGCACCUCAACCUCUUUGUCAGGGAUUGCUCUUUGGAGGAAGUGGUGAAGUACGGAGAAACUUACUACAUCCAUCUCAACCAGGUGGAGGGCCCCAUCACUCUGGAGUUCAGGCCCGGUCUGGUUCAGGCCAAUCACAGUGAGAUCCAUGAUACAAUAGAGCCUCCACCUGUGGUGCUGUACAACCAGACGGCGGUUUUGGCAGAUUAUGUGAGCCGUCUCAGCGUGUCAGAGAAGCGGGUUACGCUGCACUCGGUCAGGAUGACGGACGAGGGGAGCUUUACCGUGCUGGACCGUGAGGGCAAAGUCAAGAGGAGGAACUGUCUGAAUGUCAGAGAACACCAGAACUUUGUGCAUCUCUCUCAUGGAGGAAACCUGAAGAUGAAGCUCUACCGGCACUAUUCCAAUGUUAACAUCGUCUACAGGCCCAAAUCAGGCAAACAGGACCAGGUCAUCCUAGACAAGGGGGUUCUGGUGUCGCCGCUGGAAUCUCAGUUGGAGGGCAGGCUGACCGUGGAGGGAUCAGAACUCAGUAUAAAGAAGGUCCAAGUGGCAGACUCGGGUGUCUUCAAAGUAACAGACCUGGCUGGGUUUCCUGUGGCUCAUGUCUACAUAGAGGUAGAAGCCUAUAAGCUGCCUCCCCUGACAGUAGCCAUCCUCUCCCUGCUGAGCGUGAUCGCCUUCAUGCUGCUGGUGUGCCUGCUGUCGUGCAUCUACAGAGUGCACAAGAGGAACGAGAAGAACAAGAAGCUGAUCCUCCUUGCUCAGCAGGCCGGCAAGGGAGACGGCGAAGCUUUCAGACAGGUUGUCCAUGACGCUUACAACAAGUACACCGAGGAAUCUCUGAUGGAGUCUGUGAGUGAGAAGCCCACGGAGACCACCGAGGUAACCAUAAAGGGCCUCGAGGUGUCCAAACCAGGCCGCUACCACACUCUCUCCUCAGACAAUUUUCUGGAGAUGAGUGACUCUGGAGUGGAGUUCACCCACUCUGGCCUCCCACUGGACAGUGACACUGAUGCGAUGACCUACGCCUCCCACAAGCCCCUCCUGAAUGCCGUCUUCCCGACAGCCAUGACCGAAGAAGUUCACAUCGACAGCCCAGAGGCCACCGUGGCCCCCCACGGCGACCUCAGCGCCAGCCGGACCCCUGACUCCGCCAUGAGUGCCAGCCCCGCCUCCAACCCCCGCUCACUUGCAGUUGCCACCCCCGAUGGCAGCCUGCACAGUGCUGUCUCGCCGGGAGCGGCCUCCGGGGGCACAGCUGGGUCGCCUUUAGCCAAAACGGAGGGAGGCGCUGAGAACGAAGAAGCUGGGCAGAAAGAGGAAUCAGCUCAGAGCACCUGAGAGGAUGCACCAGGGUGUAGUCUCUUUUUUUUUAUCUCAUGCUCCUCAUACAGUAAUGACAUCCACAAUAAUCUGGAUCUGUCUAUCAUAUGCAAACACCACAGAGUCCUUGACCACUGCAUUUGAAACAACAUCAUAGACAAAAUAUUCAUGCUAGGAUUCAAAUGUCAGUUUAGCCUAAAAUAAAAUAAGAAAAAAAAGGCAAGUGGCACAAAAUGCACAAUACAAAAUGUAAUGCACUUACCACUGAAAAAAAAUGGAUGCGAAAGGUCAAUCUUUAGCUCUAUCAAAAGAAGAACAAAGCCUUUCUGAGCAUAUGGAAAAUGCAUGCAUUUAAAUUAAACAUUACGGUAGAUAUAGUUCAGAUCUGACAGAGUAGACUGACUGCAUGCAAGCUUCAUUGGGCUGAAGAUGCACCGGCCCAAAGGGAAGUUACGAUGAUGUGAAAAGGGGGAAAACCUCUCAGCACUUUCAGGAAAACGCCUUAAUGGGAUGAAAGUUUUUCACCACCUGUUGAAUGUCAAAAAUAAUUACAGGAGCCCGACAGUUUCGACAGGUGGAGUCAGCAAGCUCCAAGUAAUCAGACAAUAAUUUCUAAGACCAAGGCUACUGAUAACAACAGCUAAGAGCUUCUCCCAUGGAGUCCAAUCGCAGUGUGUUGCCUCUGACAGCACUUUUGUCUGCUCUCACAGCAUCAGACAAACACUGCGAUGAUUGCAUUUCAUUCCCACCCACACACAGACUCUAUUAACAAUACGAGUAUGUCAGAAGGCGUCUCCGUCUCUCAGACACAAUUCCUUGUCUCGGCACUCAUUCACUCUGAUAUCCUCAACGUAUACCUUCUGCAAAAACCUGUAAACUGAAACAAGCUCUGUCCCACUCCAGUGGUUGUUUUCCACCACUCCAACUAGAGUGGUUGUUUUCCUUUCUCUCACAUAUUUUUCUGUCACAUCUCCCACAUUUGAAGGCAUAAUCUAAAGAAAACCUGUCCGCCUUGUGUCACUCACACUAAUGAUCAAUUCCAGAUGAAACGCCCACAAGAGCGACGGCUAACUCUAGAAACUAUAUUCAUCUGGGUUUUUUUUGUUCUGUUUUCUAACCCAGUGGAGUUGUCACAAGCCCUAUCGGUGCAAAAUAAAAUUAGGAGAAGACUGUGCAUCACUCCUGGGACUUUUGGAACAGCUCUCGAUAGCAUAAUUGGAUUCUUGGUCUCUUUUCAGAAGGACCGAUUCACGGACACCAUAGAGUGGGAAGCGGUGAUAAAAGAGACGACAGAGAUGGAACAGGCGACUGUUCGGGGUACCGAUAAAUGACUUGCAUGAUUUAAAGUGUCCUAUUUUCAUCUCGGCUCCCGUCCAUCAGACGGGGCUCUGAUCAUUGUAGCCCAGUUGUUUGCCAAAAUGAAGUGACUGGAAAGCAGUCGGAUCAAUCUGAGAUAACAAUGCAGCCUGCCGCCCCAAUGGAAUGAGACUGAAUAACAGUGAUUAUGAAAGGGGUGUGUGGGUGUGUGUGUUGAGGGUGGGGUUUAUACUGAGCAACCAACACUAUUAGACAUUCAAUGCUCUGCAUGGAGACGUAAUUCCUUCUAGCUCAGGAAAAAUAGGAAAUGAGAAAUAGGCGGUCAUUCAAAAAAAUUCUGAAUGAAUGGUUAAUAUCAAUAACGAAAAAAAAAAUAAUGCCAAGUCCCUACACUUGCUGCUUGUGCUCUAUGAAUUCAACCCUACCAACUGUGCAACAUACUAUUCAGUCGUGCUACCAUUAACUGUACCAGUAAUGGUGUGUAGUGUGAAUGUUAUAGGAAGGUAAAUGUUUACAACCACUCCAGUUUAAAUGUAUUCAGCUUUUCUGUGACCAGGUUAUGCCUUUUAUUGAGUUAUGGGCAUUCAAAUCCAAAAAAUUUCAAGUUUGUACUAUAUAUUAGUUGCUGUAAAGAGCUCUAAAGCAUCUGUGGGGAUGACAGAGGAUGGGGGUACAGAUGUACCACAGGUAGCUCUUAAAUAUUAUCCUUGGAUAAUAUCUGUAGUCACCGUUUUUUUUCAUCUUUAAUUACACACUUAACAACAAUAAACACAUUUCGUCAAAGAAAGAUAAGACGAGACAGAAAAUACAGAUGAGAGAGAGAAAGAGAGAGUGGAAACGGUGGCAUAAGUUCAAAGAUAUUUAAAGAGAAGAAUGAACAGUGAAUUAAAUUAAGCUCCCGCAGCCAUUA